CUCAAAUAAAUGUGUUCUUCCAGGCACAUGACCCGACAGGGUUGGCAUGCCACACUCACCCCAGUUCUUACUGCAGCUGCUCCAGCGCUUCACCAAACACCCCCACCAAACAAAACAAGUCCUUUCUCUCCUAAUCACCAACGGUCAUCUCCUGCCCAAAUCAAACGGUUCUUCCAACUUAAAAUGGAUGAACACCCUUCUCUACAAUGCUUUGAUCAGAGCCCAUCUCAACCUUGGAGAUGCUCACAAGACCAUCCUUCUCUUCACUCACAUGCUUGCCCACCAAGCCCCACCCAACAACUAUACCUUCCCUUCCCUUAUCAAAGCUGCCUCUUCCUCAGUCGCUGUGGCUUCUCUCACUGGAAUAUCACUUCACACCCAAGUCGUCAAGCGUGGUUUGUCGCUCGAUCCCUUUAUACAGACCUCAUUUGUCAACUUAUACGGCCAGCUUGGUAAUCUUUUUGAUGCCCGUCAUAUGUUUGAAGAAAUUUCUCAGCCGUGCAUUGUUGCCUGCAAUGCUAUGCUUGAUGCACUUGGCAGGAAUGGUGAUAUGAAAUUGGCUGUCCUACUCUUUGAACGCAUGCCUGAGCGAGAUGUAUUUUCUUGGACAACUGUUAUCAAUGGAUUUGGGAGUAAUGGGUACUUUGGCGAGGCUAUCAUGUUUUUUGAAAAGAUGAUGUCACAUCAGGAUGUAGUGAGUUGUUUAGUAAAACCGAAUGAGGCUACAUUUGUGAGUGUUCUGUCUUCAUGUGCUAAUAUGGAUACAAGAGGAGAUUUGUAUAUAGGAAAGCAAAUACAUGCGUAUAUUAUCAAGAAUGAAAUUGAACUGACCGUUUUUAUGGGCACAGCACUGAUAGCUCUUUAUGGAAAAAUGGGGUGUUUGGGAACUGCUAUGCAUGUUUUUAACAAAUUGGUGCUUAAAGAGGUGUGUGCUUGGAAUGCUAUGAUUUUGUCUCUGGCUUCUAAUGGUAGAGAAAAUCAGGCCUUAGCCAUGUUUCAAAAGAUGAAGAUGGAAGGGUUAUACCCAAAUGAGGUUUCUUUUGUUGCUGCUCUUACUGCAUGUGCUCGUGCAAAGUUAGUGGAGUCAGGUUUAGAAUUAAUUCAAUCAAUGAUCACUGACUUUGGGAUUAUUCCAAAAAUGGAGCACUAUGGGUGUGUAGUUGACCUUUUAGGCAGAGCUGGGCUUUUGAAGGAAGCAAUCGAGCUUGUAAGGAAGAUGCCUUUUGAGCCUGACGCCUCUGUUUUGGGGGCUCUUUUGGGUGCUUGUAAGGUUCAUGGAGCUGUUGAAUUGGGAAAUGAGUUGGGGAGAAGGCUGCUUGAAUUGCAGCCACGGCAUUGUGGAAGAUAUGUUGCACUGUCAAAUCUUUUUGCUGGAGCAGAUAGAUGGGGCCAUGCUGCUGACCUCAGGAAAGCAAUGGUGGAGGCUGGAAUUGGGAAAAUACCAGCUUAUAGUAGGGUAGACUAUUUAUAGAAAUUAUCAGUUUCUACCUCUGCUUUGAGAUUGGGGAUCCAACUCUUUUAGAGAAAAAUAUCAACAAAUUGGGGAUCAAAUUGAGAGUGCACAGUUCAUGCUGAUUGGGAAAUGGUGGUGGAAGCCCAAAAAGAAAAGUGAAUUAGCAAUUAAAUAAUACUAUAGUUUGAAACGUUGGCUUGAGCAGUUGAGCUUGUCCUCAUGCCAGAUUUUAAAUUUGGUCCCAAGGUAAUUCUUUCAUAUUUUGACAAAUGAAAUGUUGAUUUAAUAUUAGAAAAAAAGGAUAAGUGAUUGGUUGACUCAA